AUGGUCAAAUUAAAGGAGGUUGCCGAAACGGCCACUUUUGCGUGGUCCCACGACUCAAUGCCCUUGAUGGCCACCGGAACGCUUGCAGGAGCCAUGGAUGACACUUUUUCCAACGACUCGUCCUUGCAAUUCUGGGACGUGCUUAACAAACAACAAUCAUUGGCCAAAUUUUCGCUAGAAAGCAAGUUCACCUCGUUGGCAUGGAGCCCGUCUUCGGAGAAAUACGAAAAGGGUCUAUUGGCCGGGUCGUUCGAAAAUGGCUCGAUCCAGCUGUGGAACCCGAAAUUGCUGCUGGAGAAUUCCGACCUCAACGCAGGAUCGGUCGCCGAGUAUAAGAAACACACAGGGUCUGCUUUACAGGUUAAAUUCAACCCGCUACAAUCCCACAUCCUUGGAUCUUCCGGUACUAAAGGUGAGAUUUACAUCUGGGACUCGAAUAAAGGCUCCUCGUUCACUCCGGGCCAGGCAAUGUCGCCAAUGGACAAAGUCUCGUCGUUCUCGUGGAACAACAGCCAAUCGCAUAUUUUUGCAUCUGCCGGUAACACUACCUACACAUCCAUUUGGGAACUCAAGGCUAAGAGAGAAGUGCUCCAAUUGAGCUACUCGGGAGCAAACCUCUCUGUUGUUGAGUGGCAUCCUACCGAGAGCACAAAAUUGGUCACGGCCUCUGACACAGACGGAAACCCUGUUAUCUUGACAUGGGAUUUGAGAAAACACACAACCCCAGAAUCCAUUUUGCAAGGACAUAGAAAAGGUGUUCUUUCUUUGGACUGGUGUAAACAGGACCCAAGUCUCCUGCUUUCCAGUGGAAAGGACGACUCUACCAUUCUUUGGAAUCCUCUCACUGGACAGAAACUAUGCGAAUACCCAUCUUUGCCUAACUGGGUCCACGAAACCAAGUUUGCUCCAAAACUCCCAGACGUGUUUGCAAGUGCUUCUUUCGACAAGAAGAUUUUGGUGCAGUCUCUUCAAGAUACUUCUCCACCGGUCUCUGCCAAGGUCAAUUCUGCCAAUGAGGAUGAUUUCUGGAACCAACUUUCCAGCACAGAUACCCAGCAGCCUGUUUUUGAGGUGAAACAGGCUCCUGUCUGGCUUCAAAGACCCGUUUCUGGCACCUUCGGCUUUGGAGGUAAGAUUGUUGUUGUCAAGAAAGAACAGAACAAGUCUGUUGUGGAGAUUUCAAGCUACAAGGGUAGCAGCACUGUGAAGGAAGCUGCCGAGAAGUUGGAGUCUGCGUUGCAAAAGAACGAUUUCAAAGAAAUUUGCGAAUCCAAAAUUGGCUCUAAAAAGGAGUACACAGGUAGCAACGACUGGAACUCUUUGUUUGACUUAUUGAGCGAAGGAAAACUUUCUUUGGUCAAGAAGAUCAUUCCAGAGGAAAAGAAAAAAGAGGUUACCAAGGAAGAAACCAAAGAAGCUUCUGCUGAGGCUGACGAUGACGAUUUCUUUGCCUCUCUAGGCAAGGAAAAGGAGCCUGCUGUUGCUCAGUUUGUUCCAACGGGCAAGUUCAAACUCUCGGGUAAGAAAUCCUUUGAAGUUGACACUGCCAAGAAGCUGCUUGCUGGAAAGACAGAAGACGCUUUGGAUCUGUGUUUGAAAGACGACCACAUUUUGGAAGCCUUGAUUAUUGCAUUGAACGGUUCUGAAGAGGCCAAACAAAAGGCCAAGAAUGCCUACUUCACCAAGUACGCUUCCAAAUCACCACUGGCCAGAGUUCUAUACAGUGUUUCCAACGAAAAGGUUGACGAUGUUGUUGAGAAUGCCGACAUCCAAUCCUGGAAAGACAUUGCAGGCUCUGUUCUUGCUCACAGCGAAGGAACUCCAGCUUUCAACGAGAACUUUGUCAAAUUGGGUGACAGAUUGCUUGAAUCGUCUGUUGAGAACGCCCGUAGCAAUGCCAUCACUUGUUACAUUGCCGGUAACGCUCUUGACAAAGUUGCUUCCAUCUGGCUUUCCGAGUUGGACACCUUGGAAACCUAUUUCCUGAAGGACAGCGACGAAUCCAUUACUCCAGCUGAUGCUCAUUUCAAGGCUUUGGAAGAAACCAUCGAGAAAGUGCUGGCUUUCCAAUCUGCUGAGCCAAGUUCCGUUGACCACUCCUCUGAACAGGCAGUUUCUCUUGGAAAGGUGUACAAGGAGUAUGCCGACACGUUGGUGAAUAACGGCCAUUUCGAUCUUGCUGUCAAGAUCUUGUCCAAGGUGCCAGACUCUGUGCCGAACAUCAAGCUUGAGAAGGAGCGUAUUGGAAAACUAGUCAACAAGAAAGCGGCUGUGGCCAAACCAAAGACAUACGGUGGAGUUCACAACUCCACUCCGUACGCUAUUCCACAGACCUCUUCGUACACUCCAGCAAUGCCGAAUGUGCCAGUCGUUCCAACCAACGGCGGUGUUACCAGUCCUCAAGCCAGACCACAGGUUCUGCCAGCACAAACUAAUCCGUAUAGCGCUGCUGCCUCACGUGUUGGCUCGACUGUGACUCCAAACAUCGUCAAGCCAGUUCCUACCACCAUUGGUGCCAACCCAUACGCACCAAAGACGGCUCUGGACUCUCUGAAAUUGCAACAGUCUCCACAGCUGGGCAACCCAUCCUUGGCAGCAGGCACUCCUCCACCACCACCAAAGUCGAACGUCAAGAAGGACGUUGGAGGAUGGAACGAUUUGCCGAGCGCAUUGAGCACACAGCCACCAAAGAGAUCUCCAGCCUCGUCUCUUCCUUCUGCUUACAACAUCCAUGCACUCCAAGAGCAGAACGGAACACCCUCCCUUUCGAGAACCUCAUCUCAGCAGUUUGCAGUGCCCCCACCACCACGCACGUUGAGUAACAGCUCUGUUCCUAGAGCUGCAGCAGCUGCCCCACCACCUCCAAGCAGCGUGAAUCCGCCUCCUAGAACUAAUAAAUAUGGACCGCUGAACUCUGCCACCCAGUCGCCGCAGCUGACACCACGGGCCGAGCUUUCUGCUCCUCCAAGCGGAAGAGCAACACCGUUCAACCCAUAUGCUCCAAAGGCCAACGCUCAACCUUCUGAGCCUUUGAGAGUGGGACAACCUCAGCCAUUCAUUUCGAACGGUGUUUCUGCUCCAGUAGCUGCUGCGGCUCCAGUGGCGGCUGCUCCUCCUCCACCAAGAAACCCAUACGCUCCAAAACAGGUGGACACUCCGUCUGUUGCGCCGGGAAUUCCUAGUGCGGCUCCUCACAUAAUUCCUUCGGCUGCAGCACCAGCACAGGGCCUGCCACCAACCUUCAGACAGCCUGCUGCUGUGUCGACCCCUCCACCUCCGCCAGUGUCGAUUCCUCCUUCGGCCAGAGCGUCCCCAGCACCUCCUCCACCGGCCGCUCCUGCUGCUGCCACCAAGUACCCACCAGGAGACAGAUCCCACAUUCCAGAGUCAGCUAUUCCAAUCUACCAGACGUUCACCAGCGAGCUGGAGAAGCUCAAGACCAAGAUCCCCGAGAAGUUCUCCAAGCACCUGGCUGACUCCGAAAAGAGAAUCAACAUUCUGUUCAACCACUUGAACAACCAGGAUCUUCUAAGCGAGGAGACGAUCCAGGGCCUUGUGUCUCUGUCGCAGUCGCUUGCUGCCGAGGACUACACGACAGCCACCGCUCUGCAGAACAAGAUUGCCGUCGAGCACGUGAACGAAUGCGGCGACUGGAUGGUGGGCGUGAAGCGGUUGGUCACCAUGGCCGAAGCGGUGAAACAGUGA